CAAAGUCCUCGGCUUUCCUCGCUUCGCUUUUUCCGAUUGGAUCGAUUCGGGGCAUCCGAAUCGACAUGGAGAGUUUGUACCAGCCGGUGGGGGCGCCACCGCGGGCGCCAGGCGCCCCGCGCUGCGACUGCGAGGCGGCGCGCAGUUUGGCGCCGGCGGUGGGCAUCCUGGCGGCGGCCGCGGCCAUGACCUUCCUGGUGCCUGCGCUCAUGGGAGUGACCCACAAGGCAUCUCCAGCUGCUUCUUCCGGGGCUGCUCCCGCCGCUGGAGUAGUUCCAGUGCCUGGCGUUGGAGUGGAGACUUGGACCGAGACCAGCAGUGCUCCGACGACCCCGAAGGCGACCAGCAUCGCCGACCAAAAUCGGCUGGAUCUGGAGCUCUCGUUCCAGCUGGACUGGCUGGGCGCGUCCCCGAGCGAGAGGCAAGACCUGGAAGACAAGCUUCGGUCGGCCAUCGCCCGGAAAGCAAAGGUUCCGCCGGAAUAUGUGCGGGUGGCCGUGCCGGAAGCCGCCGGCAAGGUGGAGGCGAAGGUGGUGCCUCCCCCGGGCGCCACGCCCGGGGAUCUCAAGGCGCAGCUCGCGGAGCUGGGGCCCACGCUGGCGCAGGCCGCAGCCGCGGCCUCUGCCACGGUGUCCGGGCUGGAGGUGAUGUUUGUGCCCGCGCGGCACGAGGGGAUUCGGCGCUUUGCCACGAAUCCGAGCACAACCACCACUACCACCACUACCACCACGACCACGACCACCACGACCACCACGACUAGCACUACACGUAUCACCUCCGCAAGCACCACUGGGGAGAUCCCAACUUUGGAGCCUUCCGCGAGUGUGGGCGGCGCCGCCAUGAUGUUUGUGGUGGCGGUUCAGAUGAACUUCGAGGACCUGGAUGCCUUCGAUGAGCCCAAGUACCUCGAGGCCUUCGCGAGAACCGUCCGCCUGCCCAGGAACAGCGUCACAGUUGUGCAGACGGAGUACCGCACUGAGGCGACCUACGUGGUGCCGCGGCUGCUGAAAGCGGAGCAGCUGCGAAGAAGCUUAGCGCAGGCGCUGGGGGUUCCCCUCUUCGCGGUGGAGGUGACCAGACCGGGCCGCCGCCUGCAGGCGGGGUCCUCGGGCGCCGCCUUCCGCGCCGCGGUGACCACGGAGGACGCGACGCGCGCAGCGCGCUUCGCGGCGGUGCUGGGGCAGCCGGGCGAGGUGGUGAACGCCAUGCGCCGCGCGGGCCUGGCGGCGCUGCCGCUGGAGCUGCAGGGGGCGCCCUGGGCAUCCGUAGUUCUCCACACGGAGUUAGCACUGCCGCCUGAGAAAGGGGAGCCGGCGGUGCGGGGCCUGUCCAAAGAGCUUAGCCGGCAGCUGGGGGUAGACGUCACCGCAGAUGUGCUGGGAGUGCGGCAGGUACAGGAGCAAGAGCUGCUGGGCGCCCCCCAUGGGCCAGCGGCCGCCUGGACGCCGUCCCCGGCGCCGCCUGUUGUGUCCACAGCGGCGCCGUCCCCGGCGCCUUCGCAGCCGGCGCCGUCCAGGGCGACGUUUGCGGAGGGCGAAGCCGGGCGGCUGCCACUGCAGGCGGCAAAGGUCCGCCACAACAACCUCGGGGGCGCGCGCGCGGGGCGGGGGCCGCUUGAGCUGCGGUACGGCGGGGUGGGUUCCGCGGAGGGUGUCCCGCUGGACGUCGUGCUGCGGGUCAUGGGCGGCACGUACCAACCCGCCAUCAACGGCCUCACCGGGGGGCAGGGCCAUCACUUCGCGGCCUCGGUGAAUGUUGCCGCCGGCACGUCCGUGGAUCUGCAGAUCAGCUUAGUCUCGAGUCAGGCGCCGUCGGCGAAAGUGCGGCGCAUCUACUUGCAGGUCUUCGACAUCGAGGACCCGCGGCCGAUGCUUUCUGAGAGGGAGGUGGCGGUGAAGCAUUGCGAGGCGGUGCUUUGGCCCAACGGCACUCGGAACGUCCAGCCUAUGGAGAUCUCGGCUCAGGUAGGGUUUUGAUCAAAGCUCAUGAAACCACCUCUUGGUCG